GUCUAGGAAUCAACCUUACAUUACAGAUUUUUUUUCUGAUUUUUUUUUUUUUCCCUUUCAGAUGAUAUAUUAUUUAACUAAUUAAAUUAACUUAUCAAUCAAUAAGUAAAAGGAAACACAAUUGAUGGAAUCGCCAUCCUCAUCGCCAGUACAAGUGAGAAUGAUAGGAACCGUCGAUCGGAGCUCCCUUACACUCCACCGCCGAUUUCUUCUCCGGUUUUGGAUUCUUCACCGGAAUCUCCUUCCCGACGGCGGAGACUUGGGAUGAGGAGAAGCAACAGCGGAACAUUCGAGAGAAGAAUCUCAUUUCGAAAUUUUGCCCUAAUCGAGAUGAUCCUGUAAUGUAUUCGUGGUGUUUCUGUGGAAAUUGAUAAUUAAUAAUAUUGAAACAUUUAUAGUGUGAAGAUGAAGAAGGAGCAGAUGGCAUGCUGUUGGUCCAUUUGCUUGCUCUACAAGGAGCUGCCGUGCCUCCCAAGCACCACGCGGCCAUGGCGGCUUUUGGAAAGGGCGCGCAGAAUGACGCCAGGGUUGAACUUCCAAAUAAACUAUUUCAGUUCUAGCGAAGAUGGCGACAUCAUAGAUUGUGUAAGCAUUUACGAUCAGCCUGCUUUUGAUCAUCCUGCUCUGAGGAAUCACACCAUUCAGUUGGCACCCACUUAUGAUCCCACCAUAGAUGAGCAUUCAAAGAAAGCAACAGCAGAAAGGGAAGGGAAGGAGGAAAAGAAUUCCAUGGUUGUGAAACAAACAUGGAGGAAAAGUGGCAGUUGCCCUGAAGGAACAAUACCGAUUCGAAGGAUCCGAAAGCAUGUCCUACUCAAAGCUAAAUCGAUAGAACGCUAUGGACGAAAGAAACCGAUGUUUUCCCAAGAAAACGCUCAGCUUCCCAUCACCCGAAGUUCGCAUACUCUGCUAACGAAUCGUUCGAAGGCAUUUCUGCUUACUGCAGGAAACAACUACAAUGCAGCUAAAGGAGACAUUAAAGUAUGUAACCCAAGGGUCGAGUUCGAUGAUGAAUAUAGUACUUCCCAAGUCGCUCUAUUAACCGGCCCUUACUAUAAUUUUGAGGCUAUCGAAUCCGGAUGGGCAGUAAAUCCAGGUGUUUACGGGGAUCGACAGACUCGACUGUUCGUGUAUUGGACUGCCGAUGCUUCCGAAAAAACAGGCUGCUUUGAUCUCACUUGCCCAGGUUUUGUUCAAACAAGCAAUGAAAUUGCUCUUGGUUCAGCUAUUUAUCCAAUCUCAACUCCCAAUGGGCUUCCAUAUGAAAUAAUUAUGUUCCUUUUUAGAGAUUUCAAGACAGAUAAUUGGUGGGUGCAAUAUGGGGAAAGCAUUAACAUAGGUUAUUGGCCUCCUGAGCUAUUCAGUGCACUAAGUCACACAGCAGAAACAGUACAAUGGGGAGGGGAAGUUUACAGCACAAACAUAGGACGGCCUCCUCACACUAGAACAGCUAUGGGCAGUGGAAGGUUUCCUGACUUCAUUUCUGGUACUUCGGGUUGGGUAAAACGGAUGCGAGUUCGAGAUAAUUCCAUGGUUUUGAUGUUUCCUGGUUGGGUUGAGCACUACUCCGAUGAAUACGAUUGUUAUGAUGUCGAUUUCAUCCGAGAUUAUUUAGAUGAUCCUGAACUAUACUAUGGAGGACCUGGUAAAAAUCCAAGGUGCCCCUAAGAGACUAACAAAAUUGAGAUGAUUACCUCUUUUGCUGUCAUUAGGUUCCUUCAUGUAAUGAAUAACAUAGAACUAUCAAAAAGAAAGCUAUUUCUCUUGUUUAAAA